AUGUCUAGAGUUGCCACUUUUUCUGCUAUCGCCGCCACGGCUGUGUUGGGAUACUGUGCCUAUUUCGAUUACAAGAGAAGGACCGACAAGGAGUUCAGAAAGUCUCUGAAGAAGAGAGAGCUCAGGGCCGAAAAGAAGGCCAAAGAGCAAGCAUUGGAAGAAAAGAAGAAGAUCCUUGUUGAGCUCCAACUGAAGUACAAGGAAUCCGAAGCCAGUGACCCUAUUCCACGUGACCCUGCCGGGCUCCAGGAAUAUUUCCUCAAGGUUGUCAGUGAGGCCGAGAAGCUGGCCGCCGUACCUGGCAUGGAGGUGGACUCCGCCAUCCUCUUUUACAAGGCUUUGAAGGCUUACCCCAACCCCAACGAUAUCCUGGCAGUUUACGAGAAGACAGUUCCUCCUCACAUCUUGGAAUUGGUCUUGGUCCUUGCUGCUGUUGAGCAAGGUGCUGCUGCCGCUGCCGCCGCUGCUCAGACCAACAUUGAUUAG